GAAAGAUGGAUCCAAGUUUUUACUGCCCGAUCUGUCCCAGCUCUCUGAUUUGUUCCUUGCGCGUCUGCACCGCAUUGUAUUUUCUGGCACUAUCCAAUCCAUUCAUUCCACAAUUGUGUGGCACACCACAUUGUCUGUAUAUACAGCAAACUACAUGGGUCGCUUUAUUGUUUAGUGAGAACUGGUGUUAAACUGCUGAAAAAUGGUUUUCUUUGCUUGUCAUUUUAAGUACAGUCGAACUUCGUUACUACGUACCCCGGAUACAACGUUUUCACCUUUUCAACGUACAGGUUUCUAAUUCCCGUUUUUAGCCUAUGUAUUAUUCCAAUAGCAGCCAUUGUUUACAGCGUACACCCUUACAGCGUAAACUUCGAUAUAACAUCCAAAUUUCUAGAGAAAAUACGAAAACUAACCAUCGUUACAAUGUACAGCGCUCUCCCCGCCCACUGUUUAUUUUAAAAAUCCAUUUUGACCAGCCGUUGUGUAUUUUCCUUGCCGUUUAUCGCCGGCCGGCACUAAGUAACCUGAAAAAAGCCAAACUCCAUGGCCCCCCAGAUAAAUUCAACACCUAUGUGACGCUGAAAGUACAGAAUGUCAAAAGCACAACAGUCACAGUUCGUGGAAACCAGCCAUCGUGGGAACAAGACUUUAUGUUUGAGAUCAAUCGCUUGGAGCUUGGCCUUAUUGUAGAGAUGUGGAACAAGGGGCUGAUCUGGGAUACCAUGGUCGGCAUUGCAUGGAUUCCCCUCAACAGUAUCUGCCAGUCAGAUGAGGAGGGCCCAGGCGAGUGGACUUCUCUGGACUCGGAGGUGCUGAUGAGGGCAGAUGAGAUCUACGGCACCAAAAGCCCAACGCCCCACCAGGUGCUGCUGGACACUCGCUUUGAGCUUCCCUUUGAUAUCCCAGAAGAGGAGGCUAGGUACUGGACCAGAAAGCUAGAAAGAAUAAAUACCAUGAGAAUACAUGAUGAGUAUCCAUUGGAAGACUGUCAGAGACGAACGCUGCCCUCUGUUCCCUCUCAGUGCUGCAACUGGAGUUCUUUCGGAUGGGGUGAUCAGCAGACCCUGGAUGACCAUGACAGUGCAGUGGAUGAUAGAGACAGUGACUACCGUAGCGAGACCAGCAGUCUGCCCCCAAGGUACCACACCACAGCGCAGCCCAAUUCCUCACUGCAUCAGUACCCAGUGGGUCACAGGCUGCCAAAUCAGGCCUUCUCCAGAGAUUGGAACACCCACGAGAGCGAUGACCUGGACUAUGGGGAACCCAGGGGAGCCAGAACAACAUCAGAGAGACUUACAGUUUUCCAGUACUCCCAUGGACCUCACAGCAGCUUUCAAAAAAGGUGACCAAAUUAUGAACAUGAACCUAAAACACUUCUCACAUAUGUUUGAGGAGUCUGUUGUUGCACAAAAAGAGAAACCUGUAGACUUUAGCAUGUAUAAACUUAAGAAGAUGAAAAUUGAGUCUGCGGCAGUACAUCUAACAACUAAUCUUGAUCCAUGUGUGGAAGCAGCUGACCUGACAAUAAAGAAGCGAAGGGAAAGUCAGAGAGGUUCUUUGUGGAAACAUCAAGAAAUAAAGGAUUCAUGUUCAAUUACUAGAAGCACAACUUUUGGUCUAACUGACCAAUACUAUCUGUCAUGGCAUCAUAAUCCAGUUCCUGAAAUUAGAAUUACCCAGGCAGAUGGAAAACCAAGUGUGACAAUGUGUUCUGAGCAGAAGGAUGGCCAGAUAAUCCAGAAAGCCCGUCCCACUUCCUCAGAAGGACAUGUUGUAGUUAAAGCUUCUGAUUCUAAAUUCAACAAACAUUUUUUUCUCUCAAAGCCAGUAGCGACAAAAGUCGAUUUAUCUGUUUCAAAACAGCUUCCAGAUCUUACCACACACUUAAUAAAACUUUCAGAAACUCAUUUAUCCCCUAAGAACCUUUCUGGAUCUUUUCAAGAUAGUUUCACUAUUAAGAAAUCUGGUCUCAUUGAAAACGUACAUAGAGUACAAGUUGACAAGGGGGUGGUAAUUGACCAACAAGGGAACUGUAGUCAACCAUUGCAAUUUCAGGAUAUAAAG